AAAGACUCCAAAUACUGGACCCCAGGUUGCAGGAGGAGCAGUGACACUGAGCUGAAGGAAAAGCAAGAGAGAGAAGAGAUAAAGGUGCUGGAGCUGAACAGUGGUAGAGAAUAAACCAUGCUGUGGUAUCUGGUGCUGAUCUGCACUCUCUGUACAGGAGGACGAACUGUAGCAGGACAAAGAGAUGGAGAAAUCAUCAGUCAGAUUAAAAUGACUAACCUUGCCUUGGCUGAGAUUAAAGAUCUUCUCAAACAACAGAUAAAAGAGAUUGUAUUCCUGAAGAACACAGUAAUGGAGUGUGAAGCAUGUGGGAUGGGAGUGAUUUAUCGGCCUUCCUGUGUGCCCAACCCCUGCCACCCUGGGGUGAGGUGUAUGGAAACACCUCAGGGACCAAGGUGUGGACCCUGUCCUGACGGCAUGGAGGGAAAUGGUACCCACUGCACCGAUGUGGACGAGUGUACAGUGAUGCCGUGUCAUAUGGGAGUGCGCUGCAUCAACACCGCCUCAGGUUUCCGCUGUGGUUCCUGUCCUUCUGGAUACACUGGGCCCCAGGUCCAAGGUGUUGGCCUCGCCUAUGCCAUCGCUAACAAACAGGUGUGCAAGGACAUCAAUGAGUGUGAAGGCCUUAACAAUGGAGGAUGUGUGGAGAACUCUUUCUGUAUGAACACCCCUGGCUCAUUCAGGUGUGGUCCCUGUAAAACAGGCUACGUUGGUGAUCAGCGACGUGGCUGUCACCCCGAGAGAGCCUGUGGGAAUGGCCGACCCAACCCCUGCCAUGCCAGCGCCUCGUGCAUCGUGCAUCGAGAGGGGACAAUCGAGUGUCAGUGUGGAGUCGGAUGGGCUGGCAACGGCUACAUCUGUGGUCCUGACAUUGACAUCGAUGGUUUCCCUGAUGAGAAACUGAACUGUCCUGAGAGGAACUGUAACAAGGAUAAUUGUCUCACUGUGCCCAACUCUGGUCAAGAAGAUGCCGACAGGGAUGGAAUUGGAGACGCCUGUGAUGACGAUGCAGAUGGGGAUGGGAUUCCCAACACACAGGACAACUGCAUACUGGUUCCCAACGUGGACCAGAGGAACAUCGAUGAGGACGACUUUGGAGACGCCUGUGACAACUGCCGCGCUGUCAAGAACAACGAUCAAAAAGACACUGAUGUGGAUAGAUAUGGUGAUGAAUGUGAUGAAGAUAUCGAUGCGGAUGGAAUCCCCAAUCACCUGGAUAACUGCAAGAGGGUUCCCAACGCUGACCAGAAAGAUCGAGAUGGAGACAAAGUGGGAGACGCCUGUGACAGCUGUCCUUAUGUUCCAAACCCUGACCAGAUGGAUGUGGACAAUGAUUUGAUCGGAGACCCCUGCGACACCAAUAAGGACAGCGAUGGUGAUGGUCACCAAGACUCCCGAGACAACUGCCCGGCCGUGAUCAACAGCUCUCAGCUCGACACUGACAAAGACGGCAAAGGAGACGAGUGUGAUGAUGAUGAUGACAACGACGGAAUUCCUGACACGCUGCCCCCUGGUCUGAUCCCCAACCCUCUGCAGGAGGACUUUGAUGGUGAUGGCGUAGGUAAUGUAUGCGAGAAGGAUUUUGACAAUGACACUGUGAUCGACACCAUCGAUGUUUGUCCAGAAAAUGCUGAGGUCACCCUCACCGACUUCAGGGAGUACCAGACUGUUGUUUUAGAUCCAGAGGGAGAUGCACAGAUCGACCCCAACUGGGUGGUGCUGAACCAGGGAAGAGAGAUUGUCCAGACAAUGAACAGCGAUCCUGGGUUGGCAGUUGGUUACACUGCUUUCAGUGGCGUGGAUUUUGAAGGGACGUUUCAUGUAAACACAGUAACGGAUGACGACUAUGCAGGAUUUAUCUUUGGCUAUCAGGACAGCUCCAGUUUCUAUGUGGUGAUGUGGAAACAGGUGGAACAGAUCUACUGGCAAGCAAACCCGUUCAGAGCCGUGGCAGAACCUGGCAUCCAGUUAAAGGCUGUCAAGUCAAACACCGGUCCAGGUGAGAACCUGAGGAACGCCCUGUGGCACACCGGUGACACCAGUGACCAGGUAAAACUUCUGUGGAAAGAUGCUCGCAAUGUUGGAUGGAAGGACAAGACUUCGUACCGCUGGUUCCUCCAGCACCGGCCUGCUGAUGGCUACAUCAGGGUUCGUUUCUAUGAAGGCCCUAAGCUGGUGGCAGACACAGGUGUCAUAAUAGACACCACGAUGAGAGGAGGCCGACUAGGAGUCUUCUGCUUUUCCCAGGAAAACAUCAUCUGGGCCAACCUGCGAUAUCGCUGCAAUGACACACUUCCUGAGGAUUUUGACACAUACAGAACCGAGCAGGUCCAGCUGGUGGCCUGAUGACAGAGGGACCAGAGACGAGCCCAGGGAAUCCUAGAAACACUUUCCAAUGAAGAACUGUGUCUCAGAAAGAAACACAUUAAUGUAAAUUCAAACAUUUAAGGAAGAACCCAAGAGAGGUCUCUGACAGAUGGACAGUGCUCUGAACUCCUGACAGACAAAGGGAAACGUCACACCUGUAAAAAGGAGGGAGCCAGUGAUAUAAAAUAACUGUUCAACUGAUAUUAGUUUUCCGGUAGAAUUUCUGUCUGAAAUAAUACUGCAGCAAAAUAUUA